AUGCAUGACGUGGUUCGUGAUUUUGCUCAUUGGAUAGCACCUACAGGGAAACAUAUAUUCAUGGUAAAAGACGGGUUGAUGGAAUGGCCUCUAAGAAAGACUAUAGUGAAAGUUCCGAAUGCAUUUGUUAAAGGAAUGAAAGCCCUUCAAGUUUUGUAUCUCGCAAAUGUCAUUUUCUCACUAGAAGUACUUCAAUUCGUAUCAAAUCUUCGAGGUCUAUGCUUUCCAAAUUGCGAGCUGGAGAACAUCUCAUCAUUGAGGAGCAUGGAAAAACUUGAGAUUCUUGCAUUUUCUAAUACUAAUAUUUAUAAGCUACCUGAAGAAUUAGUGGCAUUGCAUAGACUAAAAUCGCUACGUUUUUCUUAUUUUUCUUUCUCUAGAAAGAAACAGAUCGAUUUUCCCCCUAAUUUGCUAUCAAGGUUGACGUCACUCCAAGAGCUACACAUCGGAUGUGAAAACAAUGUUAACUUAUCGGAGCUGAAUUCAUUAUCUCGUUUGACUGCACUGUCAUUGAGUGUUUCUACAGCUCAAUGUUUUCCAGAAAAUUUUGUGUUCCCUAAACUACAAAGUUUCAUUAUAGCUGUAAAUGAAUAUCAUCCAUUUAUGCAGUGCAUUCAAGGAGUUGUUUUGCAAUGUCGGAGAGUUGGCUCUGAAGAAUGUUGUCAUGAAACACAAAACAUAGAUCCAAAGGGCCUAGAAGAAUUAACUUCUCUUAAGCUUGAAGAUUGCAAUAAUAUGGAAUGCUUAAUGGAUACAACACGAGAGAAAGGACCAACCACUGCGUUCUCUAAUUUGGUGAAAUUGAGAAUGGUGAAAAUGACUUGUUUGAAAGAGUUGCGCCAUGGAUGUUCCAUUAAUGGUUUCAAGGAAUUAUUAUGCAAUGUCAAAAAACUUACCACGGAUGGAAUCAUGCAUCACAAAAAUCUCAUUCCAAACGUCGAUUCACGGGGUCUACAUGAAUUAACUUUUCUUACACUUAAAGAUGGUAAAGAGCUGGAAUGCUUGAUUGAUACAAGAGUUCAAGGCCAUGUCUCAACCAUUCCACCGCUGCCAAAUUUAACAAAUUUGAAGCUGAAGUCAUUACCAGAAUUGAAGUGGAUAUGGAAAGGGCCCAGCCAUCAUGUCUGCCUCCAAAGCCUGAAGGUUGCAGUAAUUAGUCGCUGCAAUAAAUGA